AGCUUGGCACGACCUCUUCCAGCCUUAGGGUUUUCUGUGUGAAUCUCCACGUCGGUGGGAGACACGGACCCCGUGCCCCAGCCUGCCCUGGAUGGAGGAUUCCCAACCUUUGCCACUGCUGGGGCUGUGCAGCUACUGCAGAAGAAACAUGCAACAUGGCAGCAGCCAUGGAAACUGAACAGCCGGCGCUGGAAAUCUUUGAGACCGCGGGUCGGGAGGAGCAGGUCCCGAGGGAGGAGCAGCCAAAACUGGAACCUUUCUAUGUGGAGAGGCAUUCCUGGAGCCAGCUCCGGAAACUGCUGACGGACACGCGGAAGUAUCAUGGAUACAUGAUGGCAAAAGCCCCUCACGACUUCACGUUCGUGAAGAAAAACGAUCCUGAAGGGCCCCAUUCUGACAGGAUCUACUAUCUGGCAAUGUCUGGGGAGAACAGGGAGAACACACUCUUCUACUCUGAAAUCCCCAAAACCAUAAACAAAGCUGCCGUCCUGUUGCUUUCCUGGAAGCCUCUUCUGGAUCUUUUUCCAGCCAUCCUGGACUAUGGGAUGUACUCCCGGGAAGAGGAAUUGCUGCGGGAGCGGAAGCGGAUCGGCACCGUCGGGAUUGCCUCCUAUGAUUAUCACCGGGAGAGUGGCACCUUCUUAUUCCAGGCAGGGAGUGGGAUUUAUCAUGUGAAGGAUGGAGGCCCUCAUGGAUUCACUCAACAACCAUUGAGACCCAUCCUGGUAGAGACCAGUUGUCCAAAUAUCCGGAUGGAUCCCAAGCUUUGUCCAGCUGAUCCAAAUUGGAUUGCGUUUAUCCACUGCAACGACAUCUGGAUAUCCAAUAUAGAAUCCAGGGAGGAGAGGAGGCUGACGUUUGUGCACAAUGAACUGGCCAAUGUUGAGGAGGAUCCAAAAUCUGCUGGCGUGGCCACUUUUGUGCUGCAGGAGGAGUUUGACAGAUACACUGGCUACUGGUGGUGCCCAAGGGCACAGCCAACACUGGAUGGGGGUAAAGUCCUUCGAAUUCUUUAUGAAGAAAACGAUGAGUCAGAGGUGGAAAUUAUCCAUGUCACAUCCCCCAUGCUGGAGACAAGAAGAACAGAUUCCUUCCGGUACCCCAAAACUGGUACAGCAAAUCCAAAGGUCACUUUCAAGAUCUCUGAGGUGACAAUCAAUGCAGAAGGCAGAAUUGCAGAUGUUGUGGAUAAAGAGCUAGUUCAGCCCUUCGAGAUCCUCUUUGAAGGAGUAGAGUACAUUGCUAGAGCUGGGUGGACGCCAGAAGGAAAAUACAUCUGGUCUAUCCUGCUGGAUCGCUCCCAAACUCGGCUGCAGAUAGUCCUGAUCCCUCCUGCAUUAUUCAUCCCCACAGAAGAUGAUGCAAUGGAAAGGCAGAAACUCAUCGAUGCUGUCCCAGAUUCUGUUACACCUUUCAUUAUUUAUGAAGAAACAACAGACAUCUGGAUAAAUAUCCACGAUAUCUUCCAUGUUUUCCCCCAAACCCAGGAAGAUGAGAUAGAGUUCAUCUUUGCCUCCGAGUGUAAAACAGGAUUCCGGCACCUGUACAAAGUCACCUCGGUGCUGAAGGAGAGCAAAUACAAACGGUCCUGUGGAGGCCUCCCUGCCCCCAGUGACUUCAAGUGCCUCAUCAAAGAGGAGAUAGCAAUUACCAGUGGGGAAUGGGAAGUGCUUGGCAGACAUGGAUCCAACAUCUAUGUGGAUGAAACCAAGAAACUGGUGUACUUUCAAGGCACAAAAGACUCACCUCUGGAGCAUCACUUGUACGUUGUGAACUACGAGAAUCCCGGGGAAGUGAAGCGACUGACAGAACGUGGAUACUCCCACGCCUGCUGUGUCAGCCAGGACUGUGACAUGUUCAUCAGCAAGUACAGUAAUCAGAAGAACCCCCACUGUGUGUCACUGUACCGGCUCACAGGGUCAGAAGAUGAUGCAGCUCACAGGACAAAGGAAUUCUGGGCUACCAUUUUGGAUUCAGCAGGCCCUCUUCCCGAUUACAUUCCUCCUGAAGUGUUCUCCUUCGAGAGCUCCACGGGGUUCACGCUGUACGGAAUGAUGUACAAACCUCACAACCUGCAGCCUGGGAAGAAGUACCCCACUGUGCUCUUCAUCUAUGGAGGCCCUCAGGUACAGCUGGUGAACAACCGGUUCAAAGGAAUCAAGUAUUUCCGACUGAACACUUUGGCCUCCUUAGGCUACGUUGUGGUUGUCAUUGACAACAGGGGCUCCUGCCACCGAGGGCUCAAGUUUGAAGGAGCCUUUAAAUACAAAAUGGGGCAGAUAGAGAUCGAUGACCAGGUGGAAGGGCUGCAGUACUUGGCGUCGCAGUACGACUUCAUCGACCUGGACCGUGUCGGCAUCCACGGCUGGUCCUACGGAGGAUACCUCUCCCUCAUGGCUUUAACACAGAGGUCAGAUAUCUUCAGGGUGGCUGUAGCCGGAGCCCCCGUCACGCUGUGGAUUUUCUACGACACGGGAUACACGGAGCGUUACAUGGGCCACCCGGAGCACAACGAGCAGGGCUAUUACCUGGGAUCCGUGGCCAUGCAGGCUGAGAAGUUCCCUUCUGAACCAAACCGCUUGCUGCUGCUGCACGGGUUCCUGGAUGAGAACGUUCACUUCGCACACACCAGUAUUCUGCUCAGCUUUUUGGUGAGAGCUGGGAAACCCUAUGACUUACAGAUCUACCCUCAGGAGAGACACAGCAUCAGGGUGCCUGAGUCAGGAGAGCACUAUGAACUGCACCUGCUGUAUUACCUGCAGGAGAACCUGGGCUCUCACAUCGCUGCCCUGAAGGCCCUGUGACCAACCCCUCCACUCCGCUCCACGGGCUGUGCUCCGGACGAGGAGGUGCAGGGAAGGAGAGCAAACAGGAUGGAACGUUGCAUUCUGGUGCCUGCCACACGUACACACAUGUACACACACUCACAGACACUUUUUUUAGAGAAGUAAAUUUGGUGCCAUACAGGAAAUGAAAGUACGGUGAUUUAAUAACUUCGAAGUUUAAGCUGUAAAUAAAAUCCACUGUCUGUGG